AUGGCCUCAAAUGGUCCCAAGGGUGUCAAAUCCCUCCAAGAGAGAAUUUUCAAGGCUGCAGGUGCCGGUCCUAGCACUCCCCAGAACGUCAAAAAGACCGGCCCUUCACCUCCCCCUUCACUAGACACUCGCCCUUCUGAUUCUGCUGGCCUCACUAUCCAGAUCCCCAAGCCUUCUCAACCCAACUCUACCUCAGUCCAGCCAAAGACAAAUACUCAAAAGCCCCCUACCGUAUCUCCCAGCGGUGCCAGUGCCCAACAGAAACCAUAUCGUGCAAGGCUAAAGGAACUCCAACCAGAAGCAUAUCAGGGCGCAGAAAAGUAUCGUCUUGAACAGGAUGAGAACAGGAAGCGCCACUGGAAACGAUGGGGUCCCUACCUCAGUGAUCGCCAAUGGGCCACAGUCCGUGAAGAUUACUCGGACAAUGGCGACGCUUGGUCUCACUUUCCUCACGAGCAUGCCCGUUCCCGUGCCUAUAGGUGGGGAGAGGACGGUCUCGGUGGCAUAUCCGAUAACCAUCAACGCCUCUGCUUCUCCCUCUCUCUAUGGAACGAGCAGGACCCCAUUCUCAAAGAGCGCCUCUUUGGCGUAACGGGUCACCAAGGAAAUCAUGGCGAGGACGUCAAGGAAGUCUACUAUUACCUUGAUUCCACUCCCACCCACUCCUACAUGAAGUUCCUCUACAAGUACCCCCAACGCAGAUAUCCCUAUGAAGAACUCGUUUCGGAAAACAUGCAACGUGAUCGCGAUGUCCCCGAGUUCGAGAUUCUCGAUACCGAUGCAUUCGACGAGGACCGCUACUGGGAUGUCUUCAUGGAGUACGCGAAGGAUGAGGACGACCCCGAUUCCAUCCAGAUUCGCAUCACGAGCUAUAAUCGUGGUCCCGAUCCCGCCACACUUCAUGUCGUCCCUCAACUGUGGUUCAGAAAUACCUGGGCAUGGCCCGCCGGCGACAUAUCCAUUCCAUCGCUCACCGCUUCCAAGACCAGCAACGAGACCGACUAUAUCACCGCCCGCCACCCUGAGAUGUCCAAGUUUUACAUGUACUGUCUCGCAUCACCGCCUCCCGUUGGACCAGAUGGCAACUUCACAGGAGAUGCGGAAGACGGAAUCGCGCCUGAGCUGCUCUUCACCGACAACGAUACCAACUUCCAAAGGCUGUACAGUGGUGAUAACGGGGGGAAGUGCACCAAAGAUGCAUUCCAUGACCACAUAAUCCCUUCUCACCGACCGUCCAGCAGCAAGGGCGAUAGCUUUGUUUACGAGAGCAAGAAAGGUACAAAGUCUGCAGCGCAUUACACUUUCCGCGAUGUCCCCGGCGGAGGCUGCGCUGUCGUGCGUCUCAAGCUGACGCACCUUUCGCCGUCAAAGAACCCUGAUCUAGAAGAUGAAGGCCUUUUCGAUGACCUUGUCGAGGAGCGCAGGGAGGAAGCUGACGAAUUCUACAAUUCGCUAGCUCUGGGUCCGAUCAGCGAUGACCUCAAGCAGAUCAUGCGACAAGCUCUGGGAGGCAUGCUAUGGACCAAGCAAUACUACCAGUUCAUUCACAAGGAAUGGAGCGAAGGCGAUCCUGCUCAACCGCCUCCCCCUUCCAAUCGCAAACACAUCAGAAACCAAGACUGGCGUCAUAUGCACGCUGAGGAUAUCUUGUCGAUGCCUGACAAAUGGGAAUACCCUUUCUUUGCUGCCUGGGACACAGCGUUCCACUGCAUCCCGCUGGCGGUCGUGGACCCUGCCUUUGCAAAGAAGCAGCUUGAUCUUUUUACCCGGGAGUGGUACAUGAAACCCGAUGGACAGAUCCCUGCCUACGAGUGGAACUUCAGCGAUGUUAACCCCCCUGUGCAUGCUUGGGCGACCUUCCGAGUUUUCAAGAUUGAAAGAAAACUAACUGGGAAGGAGGACCUUAAAUUCUUGGAGCGUGUCUUCCAAAAACUUUUGAUCAACUUUACCUGGUGGGUCAACCGAAAGGAUAAGGAUGGCAAGAAUGUCUUCGAAGGAGGCUUCUUGGGUUUGGACAACAUUGGUGUCUUCAAUCGCUCUGAGCCUCUUCCUACUGGUGGUAACUUGCGUCAAGCCGACGGAACAGCGUGGAUGGCUUUCUACGCUCUGAACAUGCUCAAUAUGGCCCUUGAGCUAGCCAAGCACAACUCUGUCUAUGAGGAUAUUGCUUCGAAAUUCUUUGAGCACUUCAUCUUCAUUGCAGAUGCCAUGACCUACCAUCAAGGCAAUGAUGAAGCGACUCUUUGGAACGAAGAGGACGGUCUCUACUACGAUGUCAUCGAUUUCGGUGCAAACAACUCUCUUCAGCUUCCCGUGCGGAGUCUUGUCGGCCUCAUUCCUCUAUAUGCCACACUCGUGCUGGAGCCCGCUGUCAUCAACCGCUUGCCUGGAUUUAAGAAGCGCAUGGAGUGGUUCAUCGACAACCGACCCGAAGUCUCCGCCAGAAACAUGGCCAACAUGAGAGUCCGUGGAAGAGGUGAGCGACGCCUUUUGGCCCUUGCAGACAAGGAUCGACUGGUGCGCAUCCUGGAGAAGAUGCUCGAUGAAGACGAGUUCUUCAGCGAAUACGGCAUUCGAUCAUUAUCCAAGCGCCACAAGGACCACCCGUGGGGCAUGAGCGUUCAUGGCCAGUGGUACGAAGUCGGCUACUGGCCUGGUGAUUCCUUUUCAGGAAUGUUCGGCGGCAAUUCUAACUGGAGAGGUCCUAUCUGGCUUGCCGUCAACUUCUUGCUCAUCGAGAGUCUGCAACGUUUCUACCAGUACUACGGCGAGGACCUUCAGGUCGAAUGUCCCACCGGCAGUGGUGAAUACUUGAACCUCCUUGAGGUCGCCGAAGAAAUUCAACAUCGCAUCAUCCACAUCUUCGGUCGUGACAUGGAGGGUCGACGCGCUACUAACGGAGGUGAUACCAAGCUGGACUCGGACCCUCAUUUCCGGGACUAUGUAUGGUUCCACGAGUUCUUCCACGGGGACAGCGGACGAGGCCUGGGUGCAUCUCAUCAAACCGGCUGGUCAGGGCUCGUUGCGUACCAUAUCCUGCAGACUGGAGCGAGCUGUCGUCUCCCGAGGACACCGAAGACCCCUCGCAGUGUGGUCCGCCACUACUUUGAUGAAACGAUUGACUCACAAUCCGAGUGGGGUGACGAAACCCGUUCCUUGUACAGCGCAUACAGCACCGCAGACUUAAACACUUUGGGUGAUGUAUCCCCCGACGCCCUCUAG